AUGCCAAUACGUACUGGAAAAGUCACAGCAAAAAAAAUUCCUAUUCGACAACCGUCACCAGAAAUACCUUCGCCUGUGAAAAUUAUCAAAUCGAAUAUUACUGAUGAUAAUACAGAAAAUAAAAUACCAAUUGAUGAUAUUGAAACAAAAUAUGAACCAUUAUCUAUAGAUUCUAAUGAAAAUAAAAUAGAUAUUAAUCAGAUGACAAUUAUUUUAGCUAAUGGUCAACCAUUAUUAACAAAUUUUGAAGAAAAAUAUUUAAUAGAUACGAUAUUAAAAACAUUAAAUCAAGAUAUUGAAUCGAUUUUAGAAGAAAAAAUUCAUUUUAUUCUACAAAUGAAUUAUGGUUCACAAUCAUCAUUAUUUACAUUAAAUACACAUUGGAUAUUUGAUUUUAUUCUGAAGCAUUUUCAAACUUUAAUCAAUCAUAUAAAUUCUUCACAAUUAUUCGAAAAAUUUUUAAAUAAAAAAUUUGAUCAAAAUAACUCAACAAUUGCUUUCAAACAUUGGCAAUUAAAAACACUUGUAAAUGAACAUUCAAAAAAAAAACAACAACAACAGUCGACUGUCUCACAAAAACGUCGAAUGACUGUUCGAGGCGUUGGCUUUAAUUAG